AUGGAGGAGGAGAGCAUGGAGGAGGAGGGCGGCGGCGGCUGCGAGGCCAUGAUGGACGACCAGAACCACAACAACUGGGGCGCCGGCGGCUACGGGCGGCACCUGCUGGGCCCCGCCGCGGCGCCGCUCGGUGACCGCCUCCUGCGCGGCGCCGCCGCCGGGCCCCCGGCCGGGCCGGAGCUCCCCGCGGUGCCCGAGGCCAACGGCGUGCUGCGGGGCUGCGAGCCGGGGGGCGCCGCGGGCAAGGGGGGAGCCGGAGCCAUCGCCGCCGCCAUCAACAUCAACGCCUCGACCUCCAAGUUCCUAAUGAAUGUUAUAACAAUUGAAGACUAUAAGAGCACAUAUUGGCCAAAGUUGGACAGUGCCAUAGAUCAGCUUUUAACUCAGAGUCCUGGUGACUACAUCCCUAUCUCCUAUGAACAAAUAUACAGUUGUGUGUAUAAGUGUGUAUGCCAGCAGCAUUCGGAACAGAUGUAUAGUGACCUAAUAAAAAAGAUAACUAACCACUUAGAGAGAGUCUCAAAGGAGCUGCAGGCCAGCCCUCCAGAUCUCUAUAUUGAAAGAUUUAACGUAGCUCUUGGACAGUAUAUGGGAGCAUUGCAGAGCAUUGUGCCUCUUUUCAUAUAUAUGAAUAAAUUUUACAUAGAAACCAAGCUUAACAGAGACUUAAAAGAUGACCUUAUAAAGCUGUUUACGGAACAUGUUGCAGAAAAGCACAUUUACAACCUAAUGCCUUUACUUUUGGAAGCUCAGUCAACGCCGUUUCAAAUAACUCCAUCAACCAUGGCAAAUAUUGUGAAAGGCCUGUAUACACUACGACCAGAAUGGGUACAGAUGGCACCAGCUUUAUUUUCUAAAUUCAUCCCAAAUAUUCUACCCCCUGCUGUGGAAUCUGAGCUUCAGGAAUAUGCUGCUCAAGACCAGAAACUUCAAAGAGAGCUUAUGCAGAAUGGAUUUACUAGAGGUGACCAGUCACGCAAGAGAGCUGGAGAAGAGUUAACUUACAAUGGCUCAUCAGCUUGUGCAAGCUCCAGGGGAUACAGAUAGUGAAUAUACUGGAUCAGCUUCUAUCCCUAGCCAGAACAGACACUGGAGGAGCGCAGGUGGUAUCCGGAGCCUCCUUUGGCAACUGCUGAUACUCAAGCUCUGACACGAACUAUGCCUCAAAGAAGAGUUUCGGACUUUCUUCUUUAUAUAAUAAUGUCAGUUGCUGCUACGAUUGGGAUGACUUUGAAAGACAUGAUUCCUUGGUCUGGCCUCUUAACAAGUUCAUGUUCUGCGAUUUUUGAGGAAUGCACCUUGAAAAACAAUCCUUUCAAAGUGGACAUGGGCAGCCGAAAUCAGCAGCUUCCAAAAGCGUUAGAAUGGAAGAAUCUUUUUUGCACUCUUUUCUUAAUAUUAAGAACAUUCUUAAAACUAGUUAACACAUCGGUGUAUUAGUUUUUAAACUUCAAGGU